AUUAAAAGCAAAAUGGCGACCUCCAUGAAGUCGAUCAGAAAGGUUAUUUUAUGGAACUUGUCGAAAAAAUCAAGGCAUUUUUCUAGUUGUCAAAAUCACUGUAACAGGCAUGAAACAGAACAAUUGAAACAGGAACCUGCAAAAUUGUCAGGUAGCACAUCAGAAAUAGUCAUACCCAACAGAAUACCAAGAGGACCAACAUCCAUUUUGAAGGCCUUGGCAUCAACUGUUGAAAGGGAUCCAAAUGCACCAGCUUAUUAUUUGAUAGAUGAUCCAUAUUUAUAUCCGACUGGAUUUAUUCAAAAGAGAAACUAUGCCCUGUCCAAGGCAGCAGGAAAAAGGGCCGCUAAACAUAUAGUUGAACAGCAUCCAGAGUUUUUUCAGAAUGAUACUUCUCAACCAAAAGUAGAAGCAUUUAUGCCCCCCAAAACUGAAUAUCAAACGACAGGUGCCAAUGAAGAAGCUUUAAUAGAAAGAAUCCAAAUGAAGAAUGUAAAAGAUGCUAUUGCCCUUUACAAAGAAAUUCAACUGGAAGAGAUGGAAAUAUCUGAAGAGACCCUUUUAGAUCUCUUAGAUUUAUUGUGCGUUUAUAACAAUAAAGAUCCACCAGAAGAAUUAUAUGGUGAAGAAUUCAUUUAUCUUUCAAAACACGAUAGAAAACCAGCCAAAACUUGGGAAGAUUUUACUGCAGCAGAGAAACUGUUUGAAGAUUUACCCAGAAAAUCAGCUCGAGCUUAUAAUACCAUAGUAACUGGAAUGGCCAAGGGCCUGGCAUCAGAAAAUGCAAUGAAUAGAUAUAAUGAAAUGUUAGAAAACAUGAUUCCAGUGGAUUUGGAAACAUUUAAUCAUCUGAUAGAAUAUGGUACAAUGACAACAGACAGUCAUAAAGAAAAAUGGUCUCUAGUUACAGGAAUGUUACAAGAGCUGAAGAAUCAAGGAUUACAACCAACACUGGAAACAUUUAGAUGUGUUCUUAGUGCAUUAGCUACCAUGGCUUCACACCAAAACUCACCUCAUUAUGUCAUGAAAACACUUGCUGAAAUGAAGAAAUUAGGAAUAGAACCAAGUUUAAGCUGUUUUGCGAAUGUACUGGAUGUAUUUUACAACAAGUCAAAUGACCGAUCAGACAUGCUAAAGAAAAUUGUAGAAUAUAUAUGGGAGAAAAAAAUACCCAUUAAUGGCAGUGAUGAUUUGCAUUUUUUCUUUUUAGCAAUGAUGAAGAAUAGUAGAACACUGAAAGAUGUAGAAAUAGCUACUAAGCUUGAAAUUCUAGCUAGAAAAUAUGAUGUAAUAUCUGGACCUGUGAAAUAUGUGUCAGUUUUCUAUUCCCUCUACUUUAAACUGCUGUGUAUGUAUGAUACAAUAGAACAUGUUAUUGAAGUAUAUAAUCGAAUUGUACCACAUAUCUGGAUGCUGAAUACAGAAGAAUAUGAUGAAUUAUUUAAAGCUAUAGAAUUAUAUGAAGGUUAUCAGUAUAUACCACAGAUCUGGUCAGAUAUGCAGUUUGAUUUAAUGAAACUUAACGAUGUAGUUAAUCUGGUUGUUUCUUCAAUGGCUAAAGUAAAACAUAAGGAACAGUUACAGAAUCAGUUUUGUGAAAUAGCAGAAUCGUUGAUAUCUAGAUGGAUAAGUGAUCAACAAUUCAUCAGUACUAUGAGACCGCCUCGUCGUUACCUCGGUCUGACGCUGACUGCUACAGGAAUGGGAGAUUUGAUCACAAUAUCGUGUAAUGGAAACAGAUUUGAUCAAGCUUGGUUAAUAUUUUCAACUAUAAAAGAUAACCCAAAUUCAUUUGAAGGUGUCCCGAGUGGUCCUGCAUUUACAAAUCUAGUUGAAUUAUGUAUUCAAAAUAAUAAACCAGAACAAGCUAUUGAUGUAGUGGUGUACAUGUGUGAUCAUGGAUUAUCUGAUGCCAAGGCAUCGAUAGAAAAAAUACAGACACAGAUGUCACUUACAGAUAGUCAGAAAGAAGGUUUGGGUAGACUGGUAAAUUGAUUGAACAAUUCAGAAACUCUGUCAAAAUCAAAGUGAAAAAGCUUGUGUUUGUUGUUGUAAAUAUUAUAUUACUAAAAACAUACAAUAGUGCUAUUAUAGAAAUGUGUGGAAUUAUUAGUGAGAGGAACAGAGUGCUUUACUGUUAGACAUCAUCAGUAGUGUAUGGACAAAUUAAAAACUAUUUUAUAUUA